GCUAACCGCAUAGGUCCUUCCAUCGUCAACAUCAGAACAACACGUGAACAGGGGGUCGGAGGCCAGGAUGGGUCGCUCCUCCAAAGACAAGCGGGACAUUUACUACCGUCUGGCCAAAGAAGAGGGCUGGAGAGCGAGGAGCGCCUUCAAGCUGCUGCAGCUCGACCAUGAAUUCAGCCUGUUCACAGGUGUGAACAGAGCAGUGGAUCUGUGUGCAGCUCCUGGCAGCUGGAGUCAGGUUCUCAGUCGGAAACUCAGAGGUCGGGAGGAGAAGGCUGAGAAGGGUGAGGACGUAAAGAUCGUGGCGGUGGACCUGCAGGCCAUGGCUCCUCUGCCAGGAGUCACUCAGAUCCAGGGAGACAUCACCAAGGUGUCAACAGCUCAGGAGAUAAUCCGUCACUUUGAGGGUCAGCCAGCCGACCUCGUGGUGUGCGACGGAGCUCCAGACGUAACUGGGCUCCAUGAUGUGGAUGAAUACAUCCAGGCUCAGCUCCUAUUGGCUGCUCUGAAUAUCACCACUCACGUCCUGAAACCUGGAGGAACAUUUGUGGCCAAAAUCUUCAGAGGUAAAGAUGUCACGCUACUGUACUCUCAGCUGAAGAUCUUCUUCAGUGGUGUGACCUGCGCGAAGCCUCGCAGCAGCAGGAACUCCAGCAUCGAGGCGUUUGUGGUGUGUCAGAAUUACUCUCCUCCUGAAGGUUACGUCCCCAACAUGUCCAACCCUUUGCUGGAUCACUCAUACGAUGUGGACUUUAACCAGCUGGAGGGUCCAAAUCGUGUGAUUGUUCCCUUCCUGGCGUGUGGUGACCUCAGCGCCUUUGACUCAGACAGAACCUACCCUCUGCAGCUGGAUUCUGAUAAACAGUACGAGUACACCCCCCCUACUCAGCCGCCCAUCCGGCCCCCCUACCAGCAGGCCUGCCACCUCCGCAAAAACAAUCUGCUCUCCAGGGAGGACGCUCCGUCUGUCUGUCCCAACCAGACUUCAGAUGAGCCAAAGCCACCGGCCAAGUCCACCUGAUCCUUUUUGCUGCUGCUGAUCGACAAGAGGAGACAAAGGACAACGUUAUCAUUAAAGGAACAAUCUGGCAUUUUUAGAAAAUGUCUUGUUUUCUGUCAGAUAAGAAGAUAGACAUCAGUUUCAUUUCUGUGCGUUCAGUACAGAGAUACAUCCAGCGGAAAUGGUGCUAUCACAGACCGAUGUCUGUCCAAUCAGUGGAGCAUGUUUUUAUUGUUUUGUCUGAUUUUGCAUAGAGUUCCUUGUGACAGAUCCUUUAUCCAUCAGUCUGAGGAAUUAUGAACAUUUUAUAUUUUAAAAAUAAAAGUAAUUUCUUGAAGGCGAA